AUGUCUUCUAUACCCAGCUUAGAGAAGAAGUACGAGCUCGACGAGAAUAUAGCCUCGGACGAAAAGCAGUCCCACGACACCGUGCUUUCUGAGUCCGAGAUGGACCAGAGGGUGAGGCUUCUUGCUGAGGAGCACAACAUCAACCAUAAGAAACUGAUGUGGAAAAUCGAUCUGUGUGUUGUUCCUCCUUUCUGCCUGCUUUACUUCCUGGCAUUCUUGGACAGAGUGAACAUUUCGAACGCCAAGAUUUACGGAAUGCAAGCUGCCCUGGAUUUGCAGAAACAGCAGUUCAACACGGCUCUAACAGUGUUCUUUGUUCCCUAUGUUGUCUUUGAGGUGAUAUCAAACUACUGUCUGAAGAUCAUCAAGCCGCAUGCCUGGAUGAGUACCAUGAUCGUGUUGUUCGGUGUGGUGACCAUUGGAACCGCAUUUGUCAAGACUUUUGGUGGUUUGGUGGCUACCAGAGUUCUCCUUGGUAUUUUCGAGGCCGGAAGUUUCCCUGGUAUUUUCUACAUUCUUGCAAACUUCUACACCAAGCGCGAAGCCCAGAGAAGAUUCAGUAUCUUCUUCAGCUGCACGUCGGUCGCUGGUGGCUGCGGUGGAGCGAUCGCUUACAGACUGUACGAUUUGAACGGUGUUCACGGCCUUUCGGCAUGGCAAUGGAUCUACGUUGUCGAGGGCACCAUCAGUGCGGGUCUUGGAAUUAUCCUGUACUUUUUGAUCACAGACUUCCCUGAGGACGCUAGAUAUUUGAGCAAAAACGAAACGACUUUCCUCAAGAAAAAGCUCGAGGUCUACUCGGGUAACUCGGGCUUCGAAAUCAAACAAACCGUCAAGGACGUUCUUGAGGUCUUCAAAGACCCAAUGCUCUAUCUUGGUGCUUUGAUCUAUUUCUGUCUCAUUGUUCCGUCCUACUCUUACGCUUACUUCGCUCCAUCCAUCAUCAAAUUGCUUGGAUACACUGCGAUGAACGCCCAGGCCCACUCCAUCUACCCGUGGCUCGCCUCUCUCGGCUUCUCGAUCAUCUUGGCUUUCGUUUCCGACUUCCACGGAAUCAGAUUGCCAUAUGCGCUUCUCGCAGCAUGCGUGGCCAUCGCCGGCCUGGCUAUGAUUCUGGGCGGUGGAGAUCAUCUUAACGUCAAAUACGGCGGCUGUUUCCUGGUUGCUUCAGGUCUCUACACCUGUAUGCCUAUUGUUGUGUGCUGGAUCAGUCUUAAUUACUCUGGACACAUACGAAAGUCCGUGGGAACCGCCUUUGUGAUUGGAUUCGGCAACAUUGGAGGAAUUAUUGCGUCGUUCAUUUUCCCUGACAGUGAGGCCCCCGACUACAAAAAAGGACUGGGCAUCUGUAUCGGAUUUGCUGGUCUUGCUAUCUUCUUUAUCCUCGCCUACUUCGCACUUGUGGUUCACCGUAACCGCAAGAAGAUGACAGCAGCUUCGCUUGCAAAGUGGGAAUCUUACGACGAAAGAACCCGGAUAAUGAAGGGAGACCUGAGUCCCUACAUUAAAUAUUUGUACUAA